GGGACCGCCGCCAUGUCGGGCGCGCCGCCCGCCGUCCCCGAGGAGAUGUUCCGCGAGGUCAAGUACUACGCGGUGGGCGACCUCGACCCGCAGGUCAUCCAGUUGCUGAAGGCCGGGAGAGCCAAGGAAGUGUCGUACAACGCGCUGGCCUCGCACAUCAUCUCCGAAGACGGGGACAACCCGGAGGUGGGGGAGGCCCGGGAGGUCUUUGACCUGCCUGUGGUCAAGCCUUCCUGGGUGACUCUGUCCGUCCAGUGUGGAGCUCUUCUGCCAGUGAACGGUUUUUCUCCGGAGUCGUGCCAGAUCUUUUUUGGAGUCACUGCCUGCCUCUCUCAGGUCUCUGCUGAAGACAGAAGCGCCCUGUGGGCUCUGCUGACCUUCUACGGGGGGCACUGCCAGCUGACUCUGAACAAGACGUGCACGCACCUGGUGGUUCCAGAGCCCAAGGGGGAGAAGUACGAGUGCGCGCUGAAGAGAGCCGGCAUCCGGGUCGUGACCCCGGACUGGGUCCUGGAUUGCGUGUCCGAGAAAGCCAGGAAGGAUGAAGCCUUUUAUCACCCUCGUCUGAUUAUUUAUGAGGAGGAGGAGGAGGAGGAGGAGGAGGCCGAAAACGAGGAGCCGGACUCCCCCGAUGAGGGCAGCACGGACGGGAAGUCCAGCCCCGCCUCUUCCCGGGAGGGCUCUCCCCCCGGCGCCCGCCCGUUCUCGCCCAAAGCGAGCACCGAGAAACCCAAAGGGGAGUUGAUGUUCGAUGAUUCCUCGGACUCGUCUCCCGAGAAGCAGGAGAGGAACCUGAACUGGACGCCCGCCGAGGUCCCGCAGCUGGCGGCGGCCAAGCGCCGGCUGCCCCCGGGGAAGGAGCCGGGGCUCAUCAACCUCUGCGCCAACGUGCCCCCGGUGCCGGGCAGCCUGCUGCCCGUGGAGGGCCGGGGCGGCCUGCUGGCCUCGGGACAGAGCCUCCAGGGUCCCGGCAGGCCGGAGAUGACCGCCACGUGGAACCCGGCCGUGCGGACGCUCAGGAACAUCACCAACAGCGCCGAUGUCCAGCAGGCCGGCCGGCCCUCCCACGUCGCCCACAUCCUGCAGUCCCUCUCAGCACCUACCAAGAGUGUCGAGCAGCAGGUGAACCACAGCCAGCAGGGCCACGUGCACGCCAACGCCGUUCUCUUCAGCCCCGGGAAGGGGCCCCCGGAGCCACACCUGUCGCAGCAGCAGCCCCUGCCCCCGCCCCAGCCGCACCCGGUGCUGCAUCUCCCCCCCCAGCAGAUCCUGCAGCUGCAGCAGCAGCAGAUGGCCCAGCAGCCUUACCCCCCUGCACAGACACACCCCUUCCCGCAGCAGCCCCCGCAGGUCCAUCAGCAUCCCUUCCCCCAGCAGCAGCUACACUUCCCCCCACAGCAGCUGCACCCCCAGCAGCCACUGACCCGCCCUCAGCAGCCGCUGCAGCCCCUGCAGCAGCAGCAUGCCCUGCAGCAGCAGUUGCAUCAGCUGCAGCAGCAGCAGCUGCAGCACCAGCAGCUGGCUCAGUUGCAGCAGCAGCAGCAGCAGCAGCAGCACAGCCUGAUGCAGCAGCAGCAGCAGCUGCAGCGCCUGCAGCAGCAGCAGCAGCAGCAGCAGCAGCAGAUGCAAGCUCAGAGUGCACAGCACCUGGGUCAGCCGCCACCGCCCCUGCAGCUGCAGGCGCCCCCACAGCCACAGCCGCAGCCCCAGCUGUUUGGACACGACCCGGCAGUGGAGCUCCCCGAGGGUGGCUUCCUGCUGGGCUGUGUGUUCGCAGUGGCCGACUACCCGGAGCAGAUGUCCGACAAGCAGCUGCUGGCCGCCUGGAAGCGGAUCAUCCAGGCACACGGCGGCACCGUGGACCCCGCCUUAUCUGGCCGCUGCACGCACCUUCUGUGUGAGAGCCAGGUCAGCAACGUGUACACGCAGGCCAUCCGGGAGCGGAAGCGCUGCGUGACGGCGCACUGGCUGAACACCGUGCUGAAGCGCAAGAGAAUGGUGCCGCCUCACCGCACCCUGCACUUCCCCGUGGCCUUUCCGCCCGGGGGGAAGCCCUGCGCGCAGCACAUUAUUUCUGUGACUGGAUUUGUCGACAGUGACAGGGACGACCUGAAGUUGAUGGCUUACCUGGCGGGCGCCAAGUACACGGGCUACCUGUGCCGGAGCAACACCGUGCUCAUCUGCAAAGAACCGACUGGUUUAAAGUACGAGAAAGCCAAAGAGUGGAGGAUCCCCUGCGUGAACGCCCAGUGGCUGGGGGACAUUCUCCUGGGGAACUUCGAGGCGCUGAGGCAGCUUCAGUGCAGCCGCUACACGACCUUCAGCCUGCAGGACCCCUUCGCCCCCGCGCAGCACCUGGUUCUGGGCCUCCUGGACGCUUGGAGAGUUCCCUUGAAAGUGUCUGCGGAGCUGCUGAUGGGUGCCAGGCUCCCGCCCAAGCUGAAGCAGAACGAAGCGGUGAGCACGCAGCCGUCCUCCAAGAGAGCCAGAAUUGAAGACAUCCCCCCGCCCACCAAAAAGCUGACGCCAGAACUGACCCCCUUCGUGCUGUUCACCGGGUUCGAGCCCGCCCAGGUCCAGCAGUACGUCAAGAAGCUCUACAUCCUGGGCGGCGAGGUGGCGGAGUCCGCGCAGAAGUGCACGCACCUCAUCGCCAGCAAGGUGACGCGCACCGUGAAGUUCCUGACGGCCAUCUCGGUGGCGCGGCACGUGGUGACGCCCGAGUGGCUGGAGGAGUGCUUCCGGCGCCAGGAGUUCGUGGAUGAGCAGAGCUUCCUGCUCCGCGACGCCGAGGCCGAGGUGCUGUUCUCCUUCAGCCUGGAGGAGUCCCUGAAGCGGGCGCAUGUGGCCCCGCUCUUCAAGGCGAAGUAUUUCUACAUCACCCCCGGCAUCUGCCCGAGUCUGUCCACCAUGCGAGCGAUUGUGGAGUGCGCGGGCGGGAAGGUGCUGACCAAGCAGCCCUCCUUCCGGAAGCUCCUGGAGCACAAGCAGAACAAGAGUCUGUCGGAGAUAAUCCUGAUCUCCUGCGAGAACGACCUGCACCUGUGCCGGGAGUACUUUGCCAGGGGCAUGGACGUUCACAACGCGGAGUUCGUGCUGACGGGCGUGCUCACGCAGACCCUGGACUACGAGUCGUAUAAGUUCAACUGAUGCCGCCGCCGGCACGUGCCGGCCGGGCGCUUGUUUUCCAGCCGGGAAGACGAGCAGAGUGACUGUGCUGCAUCUCGUUGAGAUGUGAUCCCCCCGGGGGAACGUGAAUUAUGUCUUGUGUUAUGAGACUUCGGGAGCCCACAUUAGGCUCCUGGUUCAGUGGCUGGCUCGGAACUGUUUCCACGACACUGUUAGAUAAGCGGAAGCUGCAGAUGAAAUGGUGUAAAUAAAGAUCUUGCUAUCUAAAUUAUGGAUGUUAAAACUUGAAAUGUUUUGUACUUUGAUUAUUUUUAUUUCUUAUACUCUUUUCUUUUAUAUUGAUAACUUUCCCACGUUUUAAAUAAAUGUACUUUUGA